GGUCUCCUUUACCCCGUUUGAAGACCCAGUCUGCUCACCAGAGGGUCACGUCUACGACAUUGUUAACAUCGUGCCGUACAUUCAGAAGUUCAAACGUAACCCAGUUACCGGCAAGCCUCUGGCCCUCAAGGACCUGAUCAAGCUUCAUUUCCACAAGAAUGCUGACGGCGAAUACCACUGCCCGGUUUUGAAGAAGGUGUUUACCGAGUUUACCCACAUCGUGGCUGUCAAGACAACCGGCAACGUGUUCUGCUAUGAGGCCAUCAAGGAGCUGAACGUGAAGCCCAAGAACUGGAAGGAGCUGCUGACGGAUGAGCCCUUCACACGUGCUGACAUCAUCACCAUUCAGGACCCCAACAAUCUGGAUGCCAAUGUGCUCACGGAGUUUGACCACGUCAAGCAGAACCUCGCAGCUCCCAAGGAAGGCGAAGGCAGCGCAGCAGCAUCAGGAGUGAAUGCAGCGGUGUCUGAGAGCAUUCAGCGCGUCCUGGCAGCCCUUCCCAAGAACGAUGGCGAGGAGGCCGGAGUGGGUUCAUCCAAGUUACUAAUGGGUGGGGGAGGUAGCAAGGCAAGGAAGGAAGCAGCAGCGGCAGCAGCAGCACUAGAGGCGAGGAAAGCAGAAGAGGUUGCUGCUGCUGCCGCCGCUGCUGCCAGAGAAGCCCUAGCCGCACAAGAGGGGGGAGAGGGUGGAGAACAAGUAGGGGGAGAAGGAGCGGGAGGAGCAGGGGGAGCGGGAGCAGGUGCCAAAGGAAAGGGAGGUGGGGAAAAGGGGAAGAGGAAGCGGGGAGAGGAGCGGGAAGCGGAGCAGCAGAAGAAGCACGUGCAGCAGCAGAUCCUGCAGAGGCAGAGAGAAAUGGAGGCCCCUUCAAUCGCCGGCAGCGCAGCAACCACCGCUGGUGCUGCCGGUACAGGAGGAGGAGCAGCAGGAGCAGCAGGAGGAGGCACAGCCGCCCCUCCGCCUAUGAGUAUUGUCGAUGCGGCGAGUGCUGCUCUCUCCGGCCGCAGCGCCGCCGCCGCCAAGGCGACAGACGAGAAAAAGGCCCACGCGCGCGCAGCCGCGCACGCAGCAGGGCAGCGCGUGCCGAUCAAAGAGAACACGAAGCUCGUCCGAAGUGCGUACACGUCCGGAGCGACGACGCGGUCGUUUACGUCUACGGUGUAUGAGCCGGUGACGAGGACGGAGUAUGAGAUGGUGAGGGUGGAGAAGAAGCCGAAGAAGAAGGGGUACUGCCGCGUGCACACGAGUGCGGGGGAUUUGAAUGUGGAGCUGCAUUGUGAUAUUGUCCCAAGGACAAAUUUCAUGAUCCAGGGCGGGGACCCCACCGGCACGGGCAAGGGAGGGCAGUCAGCAUGGGGAAAGCCGUUUCAGGACGAGUUUGACUCGCGGCUGGGCCACAGCGAGCGGGGCGAGCUGUCCAUGGCCAACAGCGGCCCUCACUCCAACCACUUGCUCCCUUGCCCUGCCUUUCCUUUCCUCUUAAUGCCCUCCACUCCUCCGCCCCCUCUCCCCACUCCACCCCCCCUCAAACCCCCUCUUCUCCCCAGAAAUUUCAUGAUCCAAGGAGGAGACCCCACCGGCACGGGCAAGGGAGGGCAGUCAGCAUGGGGCAAGGCGUUUCAGGACGAGUUUGACUCGCGGCUGGGCCACAGCGAGAGGGGCGUGCUAUCCAUGGCCAACAGCGGCCCUCACUCCAACGGAUCGCAGUUCUUUGUGCUCUUCAAGUCGGCGCCUCAUCUGAACUACAAGCACUCCGUGUUUGGCCGCGUGGUGGGAGGAAUGGAGACCCUGACUGCCAUAGAGAGGAGUGCCGUGGAUGAAAAAGACAGGCCCCUGAAACCCAUCACGAUCGAGAGCAUCACAGUGUUUGUGAAUCCGUACACGGAGGUGGAUGCAGAAGCAGAGGCAGAGGAGGCAGCAGCGAGGGAGAAGGAGGAGAAAGAGAGGAAGGGCAAGGAGCUCACGUGGGAGGAGCAACAGGAAAUGGUAUGCGGAGGAGAGGAAGGCAAGGAGCUGACGUGGGAGGAGCAACAGGAGAUGGUAUGCUGGCAUGCGUAUGCUUUAUGCUUGCUGUGUCUGUGUGUUUCUGUGUGCCUGCUGCUAUUCCGCCAUGAGUUUGGAUCCAAAGGAGAAGGAGAGGAAGUGCAAGGAUUUGACGUGGGAGGAGCAACAGGAGAUGGUAUGUUGGCGUGCGUGGUUCACUGGAACAGUGGAGCAAGGAUGCGGUGGGGAGUUGGUACAGCAAUCCUUUAG